CAGAGGUUUUUUCUCCUGGUUCAGUUGCAAAAAUGAAUUUGCCAGUACUAUACGUUGCUGUUUCUCUACUCACUGGGCUCAGCUCUGCCCUGCCCACAGGGAGAGAGUUUGCAACUGCGUUUAUGCAAAACAUGAACGGUGAUACUGAUGCCCGUUUCAUGAUUGAGGUCACCGCCCCUCCGUCCUCUAAAGGCAGCACCAAUGUGAAGGUCUCUGCCCUGGGUCAGGACUUCCAGAAGGAAGUGGAUCCCGGCAAAAGCGUGUCCUUUGCACUGCCUAAGGAAGUGGAGAUGAAGGGCAGCAGACGGUUCGAUAAGACCGUGGUCGUGGAGGCAAGCCAGGACGUCACUGUGGUCUCCUUGAACUAUAAGCAAGACACGGCAGAUAUAUCAGUGGUGUAUCCGCUACGGGAAUGGGGCACCGAUUACUACGUAUUCACUCCUCCAAGCUUUAACUGGGGCACCUACAAAGAGUUCUCCAUCACCAACCACAAGGACCACAACUUGGUAGAGGUUCGUCUCAGGGGGGGCGCAAAGUUCCAAGGGAAGCACUACCGGGCGGGCAGCAAGAUCUCCCUCCAGCUCGAGCCCUUCGAGAGCGUUCAGAUUCAAAGCGAGUGGGAUCUGAGCGGUGCUAAGGUGGUCUCCAGGCUGCCGGUGGCUGUAUCAUCUGGACACAGCUGUGCUGAGAGGUACACAGCUUGCAAUCACGUCUACGAGCAACUCCUCCCCACAAGGAGCUGGGGAAAGGAAUUCAUCAUUGCGCCCCUACCAUACCAUGAUAACCAGAAGAGGCAUGACAGUGUGUACGUCCAAGCGUCCCAGGCCACUAAAGUCACUAUGAAUAUAGCAGGCAAUGUGCAGGGCUUUUCAAUGUCUGCAGGAGAGACAACUGAGCUCUCCUCUCAAUGGCCAAAUUCGAUAUAUUUGACGGCUGACAAGGGCAUCCAGGUUUUGUUUGAGUUCAAUGGCGGUCCGGAAGAUUCGCAAAAGUAUUUCGAUCCAUUCCUCAUGUCCAUCCUGCCCACGAUUCAGUUCAGCAAAUCCUAUUCCCUGGAAGGCCAGCAAGACUUUUCCAACUCAGUCAUACUGGUGGCAAAGAAUGGUGAUUUGAAAGACGUACAACUAGACAAGAAUGUCCUACCAGCUAGCAUGGACUGGCGUAAAGUGGAUGGGAGUGAUUAUUCUUGGGCUGAGUUAAAUUACGGCACAGGGGCCAGCUCUAAUCUGAUAUCUCAUCCUACAUCUCCAAUUGGUGUCUAUAGUUUUGGUGUAGCCGUUGCUAACGGCUACGGGUCCCCAGCAACUGGUAAUGAAGCAGACUGCGAAACCAUCAAAUGUGAAAAAGACGAACGGUGCGAAAUGAAAGGAACAACUCCAACGUGUGUGAAGCUGCCCCCUUUGGUGAAGGAAGGUACAUGCUGGGCCUUGGGCGACCCUCAUUACCGGACGUUUGACGGCCACUACUUCAACUUCAUGGGAAAUUGCACCUACACCAUGGCAAAGAACUGUGACAUCGACUCAAGCCACCCAGCGUUUGAGGUGGACGCUCAGAAUGAGAACCGGGCUGGAUCAAAGAUCACAUACGUUGGCAAGGUUACAAUUAAGGUGUACGAUUACACCAUUAUUAUCAUGCGCUCAGAAUUCGGCCUUGUUCGGAUGAACUACACAUUAUGGAACCUCCCCAUCUACUUGGACAAUGGCAAGGUGAAGCUGUCUCAGAGUGGUAUGUCCGUUGUCUUGGAGACAGACUUUGGCCUGAUGGUGCAGUACGACUGGCAGCAGCAUCUCGUCAUUAGCGUUGCAGGUGACUUUGCCGGCAAGGUGUGUGGCCUGUGUGGGAACUUCAACAGCAAGAAGGACGACGACCAACUCACCCCCUCAGGAAAGUUGGCCGGCAGCGAGCAGGCACUGGGCAAGAGCUGGCGGGUCCCUGGCUUGGCCGAAGAUGCAUACUGUCAUGACGAAUGCGUUGGUCAGUGCGAGCCCUGCAAAGGCAGCCUGUUUGAGAGUCUGACAGACCGGCUGUUCUGCGGUUUACUCUCCGAAAUCAUGGAUGGACCACUGAGCGAAUGCAGCGCUGUCAUUGAGCACAAAAUGUACCAUGAGAACUGCCUGUAUGACGUGUGCAUGGGUGAAGGCAAAUGGAACUUCUUCUGUGACACCCUGCAGGUGUACUCUGACGCUUGCCAGAGGUCAGGGGUCAAGAUCCAUGACUGGAGAAAUAUUGCGCAUUGUCCUCACCCCGCAUGCCCGGAAAACAGCCACUAUGAGUUCUGUGGCAAUGCAUGUCAGGCCACAUGUGAAGCUCCAGAUAUUCCUUCAAAAUGCAAAGACAGCUGUUUGGAGACCUGUGUCUGUGACGAUGGCUUCCUGCUUAGUGGGACCAAGUGUGUCCCUAAAACUGAGUGUGGCUGCACGUUCGAGGGUCGCUACGUAGAGGCCGGUGCCUCCUUCUGGUUGGACGAUCACUGUAUGCAGAGGUGUUUCUGCAACCCGGCCAACAGGCAGAUGGAGUGCAACAAGAAGGGCUGUCAAGCCGAGUACGAGUGCAAGGUGGUGGAGGGCCUCAUAGGUUGCCAUCCAUUGACUUAUGCUACGUGCAAGGUGUCCGGUGACCCUCACUACCAGACCUUUGAUGGCCAUGUUUACAGCUUCCAGGGCACGUGUGUGUAUCAGAUGGCAGGAUUGUGCUCUAAAGCCGCCACGCCUGGAUCCCCUGACCUGGAACCCUUUGAUGUCCUCGUGCAAAACGAUGGCCAUGCCAAGAGAGUGGGCUCCAGCACAAAGUUGGUUGAGGUCAACGUCUACGGAUAUUCUAUUGUUCUCAGCAAAGACCACAGGGGUUCAGUCUUGAUCAAUUCAGAGCUCACCAACCUGCCUGCCAAGCUCAAUCAAGGAAAUGUAACAGUCAAAUUAGUGAGUAGCUCUGCAGAGAUCGAAACUGAAUUUGGGCUGACGGUGUCCUAUGACUGGAGCACUGCAGUUUUUGUCAAAGUCCCUAGCAGCUACGCUAGCGCUAUGUGUGGCCUGUGUGGAAACUACAACAUGGACUCCAAAGACGAUCUGUUGAUGAAGAAUGGCAGCCAGGCUGCCUCCGCGGAGGAAAUGGGAAAGAGCUGGCGGGUUGCAGAGACCCCUGGCUGUGUUGAUGGGUGCAAAGACAAGAACCACUGUCCAGACUGUGAUUUCACCAAGAUAGAGAAGUUCGAGAGCAACACGUUCUGUGGCCUGAUCCGUGAUCCUAAAGGCCCCUUCCAAAAGUGUCAUGCCAUUGUGCCCCCUGGUGGCUUCUUUAAGGACUGCGUUGAUGACGUUUGCAACAACCGUGGUGACCGCCAGUCCUUCUGUGACAGCCUCCACCUCUAUACUAUCGCCUGCCAACAAGCAACCAUUGAGGUGGACCCGUGGAGGACAACCGAUUUCUGUCCAAAGUCUGACUUCAAGCACCCCAACAACAGCCACUAUGAACACUGUGCCAGCGUAUGCCAUGUCAUUUGUGGCAUCGGGUCUCCUCCAACUGGCUGUAUGAAGCCUUGCCAGGAGGGAUGGGUGUGUAACCCUGGGUUCCUACUCAGCGGAGAUGUUUGUGUUCCCAUUGGAAAAUGCGGCUGUAGGCAAAAAGACAAAUACUACAAGCACGGACAGAUUUUCUAUCCACAUGGGCAAUGCCAGGAGGAGUGCACUUGCAACGGCACAGUGCAAUGUCACAAGUUUUCCUGCGGGCCCCAUGAAAAGUGUGAGGUGAAGAAUGGCGUUCGAUCGUGUCAGCCUGUUGGAGCAGGAGUCUGCUCCAUCUCUGGUGACCCUCAUUACAACACCUUUGACAAAAGCACCUAUGACUUCCAAGGCACGUGCACGUACACCGCAGCUGAAGCCUGCAAAUUGAAUGGCACAAAGCUCCCAUUCUUUUCUGUGGCUGUGGAGAAUGAGAGGUGGUAUGCCAUGUCCAGCAACCCACAAGUCUCUGUUGCCAAACUUUUGGCAGUUACCGUGUAUGGCAAUAUUCUGAUACUUCGUGAGAAUCAAAUUGGAAUGAUAAUGCUCAACGGUAUCCUGACCACUAUUCCGAUUAACCUCAACGAGAAACAAGUGCAGGUUUACCAAGAGGGUUCUUACUAUGUCAUCCUAACCGACUUUGGCCUGAGGGUGACCUAUGACAUGAUCUACCAUAUCACCGUCACCGUACCCGGCAACUACAGGGACCACACCUGCGGCCUGUGUGGUAACUUCAAUGACCAGAAAGCCGAUGAUUUACAGCUGCCAGACGGUAAAGUUACCAAAGACGUGCAGAGCUUCGGGGCUGCCUGGAAGGUGGCCGUGCCUGGAGUGGUGUGCGACGAUGGAUGCAGUGGGGACCUCUGUCCCAAGUGUGAUGAAAGCAAGAAGAAAGUGUUUGAGAAGGACUGUCAAGUCCUCACCGAUCCCAAAGGUCCCUUCGCUGCGUGCCACAAAGUCAUAGACCCUGCCUCCUACUUCAGAGACUGUGUCUAUGACGUCUGCAUAGUGAAUGGGGACAGGGCAGUGCUGUGUGACAGCAUCGGGGCCUACAUGAUGGACUGCCAGACCUUUGGUGUGAAAAUUCUCAGCUGGAGGACCCCUACAUUCUGCCCGCUGGCAUGUUCUGAAAACAGCCACUACAAGAUCUGUGCUGAAACCUGUGACAUGCCAUGUCCCGGCCUUUCUGACGUCAUUUCCUGUCCUACUACCUGUGCUGAAGGCUGUGCUUGUGACGAUGGUCACAACUUCAAUGGGACUGGUUGCAUUCCCUUGAAGGAAUGCAGUUGCUACUUGAAUGGGCGUACCUAUAAGAUUGGCGAGUCUGUGCUUAUCGACGACUGUCAGCAGCGAUGCACCUGUGCGAUGUCGGGCCGUGUCCAGUGCGUAGAUGUUCAAUGUGGAAGCGCAGAGAAGUGCGAGAUCCAAAAUGGCCUCCUGGGCUGCUUCCCUCGACGGUGUGUGUUGGAGAACGAAGGCUCCAUCACUCUGUUCAACGGGGACACCGGAACCAUCAAGCCUACAAUGGCAGCAUACGAGUUGGUGGAGCAUUGUGACCCCUCAGCCCCUGGGGAAUGGUUCCGGGUGGUGGCUAAACUCCAGGAAUGCAGCCUGACUGGCUCAAGGACUAUAGCCGCCCUCUACGUGUUCUUCAGUGACGUGAUGGUUGCCGUGACUGACAAGCAUGAGACCUGGGUAAAUGGACAAAAGGUGACUCUCCCGGCGCAGCUGAGAAAGGACAUCUCCAUUGACGCCGCAGGGAAAACACUACACCUUGAGAAGAAGGCAGGCUUCACUCUGUCCUACAGCUGGUCUCAGGGAGCCACGGUCACCAUGAGCAACGAGAUGGCGGGAAAAGUGUGUGGGGCAUGUGGACCGCUAGUAUCCUCAAGCGAUUACCUGAUGAUCUCAGAGGAGAUGAUGCAGGAGUACAUGGCUCCGUUCAUUGCACAAGACUUCCCCACCUGUGGCCAGUGAACAAUCCCCAUGAAAGCAAUUCAACCAUAACAUGGAUUUGCUUUUUUUUGUUGCUUUAAAUGUAGAUCCCUUCAAAAUAAUUUCAAUGCAAUGCAUCACAACAAUGUAAAUCGUGUCCAAUUAUUUUUGAAAUAAAAUGUAAUUGGAAGGGAGAAUUUAGGUUUGGCCUUUUGUUCAAAUGAUGAAAUCUCCCUGAAGCAUUUCACUCAAGAAGAUCCUGCACACUUUGUCGAACCUAUAGGAAAUUUUCUGGUAAUACUUUAUAAUAAGGUGCCAUAAUAAAUAGCAAACUAGUCAUUGCCUAACCCUUUGUUAAUAUUUGUUAAUUGUUACUAAAAUAUCUAUUUGGCUCAAGUUAAUAGUUUUUUCAUCAUUAAUUAAAUUUUGGUUGUUUGCAUACAAUCUGUAUGUUAAUGUUUUAAUAAAAUAGAAAACAAUCUAUUAAGUAAUAUUGUACUAUAAUAGUUAGCUAAAUGCAUUUUUUGCAAUAAUUAACAGUUAUUUCUUACAUCAUUUAAUUGUUAAAUGUUUAUUUCAGAUUCAGAUUGAGAAAACUUUGUCUGUCGUAACAAAAAAUCAUCUAUGACGUGGCUCGACAUAUACAAACAGGACAAUGUAUAUAAGCAGUCAUACAACAUGGAUUUCUGAGAGCACACAUAGUGUGUAUAGAUCUUAAAACAAGUAUAAGUAUUAAAAACUGUAAAAAUUUAAAAGUUAAUUUUUUACAGUUUUUUAAAGUUAAGGACAUAUUAUUUAACUAAUUGUUAUUAAACUGUGCUUCUGCCUAUCCCAAUAUGAACAACUCAUAGGACCCUUACAACAAAGUUGGUUAAGCUUAAUUAAUAUAUUAGUAAUAUAUAGCUAUAUCAGCGUGGGGCCCCUUUAAAUAAAUUUGGUUAAGCCUAAUUAAUAUAUAUGUAAUAGGCCUAUAUAACUAUCAGUAUGGGGGACCCUUAUAAUAAUGUUGGUUAGGCUUUAUUAAUAUAUUAGUAACAUAUAAAUAUUAGUAUGGGGGACCCUUAAAAUAAGGUUGGAACAGUAAUUAUUAAUUGUUUACAAAUAUUUCUUAUAACAUUUAUUAACGAUAGCAAAUAUUUUACAGUGGGUCUCUCACACUGGAAAUGAAUGAUCUCAGCACACACUGUUGGGAAGGGGGAUGAAAAAUACUUUAUUUAUAAAGUGAAAUUCCUUUUCCUCCCCUGGGACUGUCUGUACAGGAGGGGAAAAAUGUAACGGUGCGGCUGCCUGUUACCACAUGCAGUUUAUAUAAGGCCGACACGGUCACCGUGAUUCACAAUAACCCUUUUAUUGGCACACACGAACAUAGCAUUCCAAGUUCAACGCACACACAAACAUAAUAUCCCAACGCCUUAGACGCCACCUGCAACACACAAACGUAAAAUACAACAUUACGAGAAUGCCGGUCAUGGGACACAAUACGAACAUCUCGCCAACAAGGACAGGACAUUAAAAAUACUCACGUUGCGGUUGCGCUGGCUUCGGGGUUCCAGAGGAUGGGGGAAGACCAGUCGUGAAGUCCGGAAGAAAAUUUGUGCGUUGUGGGUUAUGAAUAAGUAUGCUUAUUAGACCAACAUGUUUUGAGCAAUGUGUUAAUUAGGUGUGGUGAUAUUUUAAUCGAACAUUUGUAGUUGUAUUGUUAAUUGAAUUGCAGGUGUGAGGUAUGGUCUGAGGUGAGCUUGAGGUUUUCUAUUUGUUAAAACGUUAACAUACAGAUUGUAUGCAAACAACUUAUAUUUAAUUAAUGAUGAAAAAACGAUUAACUUGUGCCCAGGGCCGGAUCUACCAUUAGGGCACACGGCACUGUGCCCAGGGGCCCCAACCAUGCCCAGCCAGUGGGGGGGCACCACACGAAAGAAACUUUUUUUUUUUUUUCUUUUUUUUUAUGAAUGUUUGUACUCUUAAAAUAGUUAUACAUGGUAUUAUUAAAUAGGGUAUUCAUUUAAAAUUCAUUAUUAAAACGAAUGUCAUAAGAACAGCAAUAUAAUGAUUCUGAACAAUAUAGUGGCCUAAUGUGACAGUUAACCCCCCUCCCAUAAUCUGUCAAUUGAGCCAGUCCACCUAUGGUGAAAAAAAAAAAAACGCGGUAGAGAUGAAAAAUUGACAGUCACAGACAUGAUGAGACAUCAACUGAGUGGUUUCGCU